AUGGGGCUCCAGAACGCCAAAGCCUCCUGGGUGAAGAGAACCAACAUCGUGAUGCUGGGGCUGGACUCCGCGGGGAAAUCCACGCUGCUCUACAGGCUCCGGUACAAAGAUGUUUUCCUAACGCUGCCCACCAUCGGCUUUAACGUGGAUAUGAUCGAAGCAGGGAAGGAUUUCACACUGACAUUUUGGGAUGUUGGAGGGCAGAAGAAGAUGAGAGAGCUCUGGAGCAAUUUCCUGGAAGACAGCGACGGGCUGCUGUACGUGGUGGACAGCUCUGCCAAGCACCGGCUGGAGGAAUCCAGGAGGGAAUUCGAGCUCAUUUUAAAGAACGAAUCCCUAAAAAACGUCCCCGUGGUGGUGCUGGCCAACAAGCAGGAUUUGCCUGGAGCUCUGAACGCCGAGGAGAUCACCAGGAGGUUCAAGAUGAAGAAGUACUGCAGUGACAGGAACUGGUACGUGCAGCCCUGCUGUGCCAUCACGGGAGAGGGGCUGGCAGAGGCUCUGCAGAGAGUGGCCACGUUUGCCAGGCAGUACAGCAAGUCCAAGGAGACUUUCACCACCCUGAAGGAGCUCAGCGCCUUUUAA